AAACAUGGCCUUACUAUAAAGAAUUUACAUUACUCACACAAAAGUGGCAUUAUCAAACAGUUGGUUACAAGUGCAAUAAUUACAAAGUCAUUAUUCGGUAACAGUGAACUUCGUGAAGUCCUAAAAAUAAUCAAGUUAGAAGCUUAGAUAUAUUUCGGUUGCUUUGACGUCAAUUAGAAACAGCAGUAUGCGCGAGAAAUCGUUAGUGCAAAUGUUCCAAGGAACGCUUCCCCAAUUGAUAGCUGUUCUUACAGGUACAAUCGGAGCAGUUUCUGAUGGAAUGCACUAUGGAUGGACGUCUCCAGUUUUACCAGUUUUACAACAAAAUAAUUCACACAUCCAUAUUUCGGAAAGGGAUCAACUUUGGCUGGAAUCAAUAUACAUGAUAGGAGGCAUUACUGGUUUACCGGUCACUAUAUUUGCUGUGGAUACGAUCGGUCGAAAGGGCUCAAUCAUCAUAUCAGCGGCAAUAGCUCUUAUUUCAUGGAUAUUAAUCGCUAUAGCUGACAGAUCGUUGUAUCUUUAUAUUGCAAGAUUUAUGGUAGGACUGUCAGGAGACGUGGCAUUUGUUGCUGCUCCGAUGUAUAUCGCUGAAAUCGCCGACAAGAGAAUAAGAGGUUUUUUGGCCGGCAUUAUAUACGUUAUGAUGUUAUUAGGAAUUCUUGUGAUCUAUGCAGUAGCGCCGUAUGUACCUUUCUAUGUACCAAGUAUAAUAGGCUCUGUUCUAGUUAUAAUACAAUUAGUCAGCUUUCCUUUUGUGCCUGAUAGUCCGUACUAUUUAAUUGCUAAGGGUGAAAAGGAGAAAGCAAAACGACAUUUACAAAGGUUGCGAGGAAGAGAAGACGUCGACCAAGAGUUAAAAGAAAUAACAGAUGCCAUUAACAGACAAGAAAAAGAGAAAGGGAGACCAAAGGAUCUCAUUCUGAUUGCAAGCAAUCGUAAGGCGGUGAUUAUAAUGGUAGUGCUAAAUGCUGCUCAACACUUUAGUAGUAUAAGCGUAAUGUUAAUGAAUUUACACGAAAUUUUACAUGCGGCAGAGUCUGCAUAUUUAAGCUCUGAAGUAGCUGGGAUACUUUUUGCAGCACUUAUGCUGAUAGCUGCAACUAUAGCUGAUGUUAUAGUAGAUAAAUUUGGACGCAAAUCUUUACUUACGAUAUCCAGUUUAUUAACUGGUGUAUCUUUGUUGAUUUUAGCCAUUUACUUCACAUUAAAGAAUGUUGGAUAUAAUACGUCUGGUAUAUCUUGGAUACCGGUAGUUGCUGUGAUGAUAUAUGCGGCUGUUUUCAAAUUCGGCCUUGGUAUUAUUCCUAUUGUUAUGACUGCUGAGCUCUUCCCUGCUAAAUUAAAAGCCAUGGGUAUGACCAUAGCUGAUUGUGCCUAUGUACUUUUUGCUUGGAUGUCAGUAGAAAUAUAUCAGAGAUUGUCUGGAGCUUAUGGAUAUGAUCUGCCGUUUUACAUAUUUUCCUUCUCCUGUAUUCUAACGGCAAUAUUUGCACAAUGGUACAUUCCAGAAACAAAAGGAAAGACGUUAGAUGAAAUACAAUUUAUUUUAAAAGGAGUGCCUUUUCCACAGAGGAGUAAUAGUAUAAGGUCAGAUUCUAUUUCACUUGGAAGUAUACGAGACAAUAAAACUAGAGAAAAUUCGGAGAAUAAAAUCAGUCAAGCAGAAGCCAGUAAGGUUUGAGUAAUCUGAUAUACUAGUUUUCCUACAUCGGUUGCACGUCAUUAAUUAACAGUUCAAUCGUAUGAUUUCGCGACCUUACAGAAUUACAUCAUAAUUGAAUGGCUGAGAGGAAAAGUGGUACAAGUGAAAUUUAGAUAGUUUUGAGAAAACGAGAGUUAAAGUUUAAGUAGUGGCACAAAAAGACCAAACAAAAUUUUAAAAUCUAAUCAAGAUAUUAUUAUUAGUAAGUUCUUAAUGUUUUCAUGUGCAGUUUUUACAAUCAUAUACAUUUAGUUUUUUUGAAACAUUUUUUACAAAAUGUACAUGUACCAUUUUUGUUGUUUAGAGUAAAAAUGGUAUAAGUAAAUUUUACCAUGAGUAAACAAAUAAAUAAUAUCUUUUAUAAAAGAAAUACACGUAAGUUUUUGAACAUUUAUUUAAGAAGCUACAUUAGAUACGAAAACAAAAUGUAUAUUGCACAAAAAUACAGGAACAAAAAAUGCAUAAAAAUAAUAACGAAAUGAUAUUAUAUAGACGUGCUACCAACUGAGCUUAAUAUCUUCCUCAUCAUCAUAGUCGCUCAAAAGUAUUUUAUCAUUGUCGUCUACCUCAUCGUCAUCUUCAUUGUCCUUCUCUUUUUUUUCUUCAGGUUGCAUUGGCUUCUUUUUCUGACCUUGUUUUCCCUUCUUCGCAGUGUGAUUGAGCUGAUUGUAAAAUUGAUGGUAAAUUGGUGGCACAAAGCAUAGUAGGUCUUGUAAAUUCUUCCAUUUUUCAUACUUCAGACUCAUGGGUGAACUAUACAGUUUGCUAAGACUAAUAUUCUGAGGUGUUCUUCCACGCAUCUUCUUCAUACAGUUAACAGUUAUAAAUUCAGUCUCUUCAUUGAGAGUGUACUUAAAUUUCAUAGUAAAUGGGUCUUUCUUCUCAAACCGAAUCCAUUUUAUUUCUCUCCAUUUUAUCUGCUUAUUCUCAUCAUCCUUUUUUAUAUUUUCCUCCAAUAUUUUCCUGCACGUACUCGUUGAAGUUUUCGAGUGAAAUGAAGUGCUCCAUCUUCAUUUCUUCACAUUUAAACUUCUUAGAACUGUUUCUCACAGCAUUCAUCCACUCACUGGGUACAAAAAUAUAAGGUACUUGCUUUUUGUACUUUUCAAUGACUCCGAAAUCUUCAUCGCAUUCCAUGAAGGUAUGUCCCGGUUCAAGGAAUUUGUGGUCUAUUAUUUCUAGCUGAGUUUCUUUAACCACAUACAUAAAAAAUUUCACAAUAUUUUUAUUCUUAUUUUGUCCCGAACAAGAAUCACUAAAUGCAAUAAGAUGUUGUGUAUUUUGAUUAAGACCAGCAAUAAAUUUUCAAAGACAUGAAGAAACUUCCAUAGAGCCUCUGGAUGCUACCGAUUCAUCCCACAUAUACAUUGAAGCACAUUUCUUGCCCAAAUUAUGGAUUCCAAAAUUAUAUGUCCAUAAUACUCGCAUAUAAAACACUUUGUUGGUUGUAAGUGCUGGUGUAGGUGAAGUUUUUUGUAGAUCGAAACAAACUGAUACCACUUCUUCAUUCCUUGAAGUUUCAGCCACUAUUUUUGUUUCUUUUUUGGCUUGUAUUCCCGAUUCGGCUUUUCGGUGAUGAAGCUCUCUCUCGCACAUUAUUUUCUUUUUAUCUGACUCACUUAUGCACGAUUUUACUGAUGUUUCGAACUUAUCGCACUUAUUACAAGUAUCGGACAAGGGAUGAUGAAAACUUAGAUUAAAUUCGGUAUUAAACACUCUCCUGUAGCACCAUUCCUUGACAGGAGCUUCGUUAUUUUCUUGACAAUGUUCUAGGUAACACUUAUACAUUUUUCUUAUGGUUAAAAAUGAAGGAAGGUACCGUCUACGGGGAUUGUAAUGUCUGGUGUAAUGGCUGGUAUAUUGUGGAAACAUAUCAAUAUGUCGUUUUACCUUAUCAAUUACAUCCUGUGAUAGUUUAUUAGGACAUGGAGCUCUUCCUCUUUUAUCAACAGCGGUGAUUCCAACGUCAGAUAUCCCAUUUAAAAUUCUCGAAUAACGUCCAUUGCUGAUAUCCAAGGUUUUUAAGAAAAACAUUUUGCAAACUCUCAUAUUUUUUAGUUUGAUAGUAACGCUCUUUUCUUUAUUAGUAACAGCUUCUGUACGUCGUCGUUUGGGCAAAGCGAUCUCUGUACAAGACGUAAUGAAUGCAUUCUGCAGAUUCCAAUUUCCUAGACCCCAGAAUUGGUUAAAUAUUUCCUGUCUUUGUUCAUCGGUGAAUUUUUGACACUGAAAUCUGCAAGUAUGUAUAUAAUUUUGCAAACUUCUUGCUUUUACUAACUUGUUUUUAUAGCCUACGUAUUCCUCACCUGCGUUUCUUUUUCGUUUUCUUACUUGCCUCUUAUCUAAAUCGCUAUAUCUCAAACGUUUUUUGCCCUUUUUCUUUAAUGACUUGUUUAAAUGAACAUCUGCAAUGUUUUGUAGAUCAUGAUUACUAUCGCUACUACUUUCUUCUAUUGGAUUAUAGUUUCUGUCCUCUUCUGAAUCGUCAUAUUCCGAAUAACUGUCAGAUUCUGAAACAAAAAAGAAACAUUUUAAGGUUAUGCUAUAAGUUUCUUUCAACUACUACUUUUUGAAGACAUAGAUAAAUAAAAUAACCCUAUAAAAUAACAAUUGAAAAAAUAUAAAACGCAUUGAAGACUUACCUUGCAUUAUUUUAAGGCUAUUUCACAAAUUGUAUUAAUAUUCCUGCACACUUUUAAAACGUGGCUGUCGCAAACAACUACAUAAGGUUUAGAACAAAAGUGGGACAUGUACGCUUGGACCACUUAUACAGAAAACCAUUACCAGAAAUUGGUGAGAGCUUUUACUUCUCACAUACAGAUGUCCGUAUUGUAGUGUGUUUUGUACUUGUACCAUUUUUAUAUUAAUAAAUCUCAACAUCCUCUAGCCACUCAUGCACAUAUCUCACUUUUAUACAAAAUGUCACUUGUACCACUUUUCUUCUCAGCCCCUCAAUUGACAUAAUAGGUGCUUAGGAAAUUUUGAAAAAUAAUAAAUAUUUAGCUACAUGUCAUGUAUGCUUGACGAAACAUAAAAUGUAUAAAUAAUUUACUUUAAUUAAUAAAAUACUUGGAUUUAAAUCUAUAGCAAAUUAUUGAUUGAGAUUUUCUUGAAUAUUUAGAAGAUAAAAUAAUACAAUACAGUUAGAUAGUAUAUAAAGUAGGAUACAUAGAGGAUAAUCAUCAUCCUCAUCAUCAUCGACUAAUUAACUCUAGGUAAAUCUUGGCCGAGUUUACUAUUUUCCUCCACUGCUGCCGGUCAUGUUAAGCUAUUUACAUUGUUUUACGCCAAUAUUAUGUAAAUCGGUUGCUACCGCAUCCUUCCAUCUCUUCCUUGGGCAACCAUUUCACCUUCUACCAUUAAGCCUUUUGUAA